AUGACCGUUUGUGGAAGGGGAGGCGUAUGCUAUUCCGUUUAUGCGCUCCAGAUUGGGAAAAACACGGAAACCCACAGUGUGGAAAUAGAAGGACAAAAGAACCACCCCCGAGCCGCGCUGACGCCGCUGCUGCUGAGGGGCCUGACGGGCUCGGCCCGGCGGCUCCUGGCGCGGCGCGCCCACAUCCACUCGAAGCCUCCGCGGGAGCAGCUCGGGUACAUGGAAUGUGUCGUUGCGUUCACCACCUUCGCCCUGUGUUUCUUCGUGCCUUCUGGCUGGAUCAUGUCGCACCUGGAGAACUACAAGAAGCGGGAAUGAGGGGCCAGCCCUCGCCCCAGCCCGUCUGAUCAUGUUUCCUGCAUCCCUGGACCGGGUCCUUCCUUUGUGGUGAUCAUGUCUGCAAUUGUGACCUCCCCGUGAUCCUGGGACCACAUGCAUCAGCUUGCAAGGCCCCACUCGGGGGGCCUCACCUCAUAACAAUAAAAGUGAUGGAAACCUU